UUUUCGAUUGCCAACAUCAUGAAGCGACUUGAAGCGAUGGAGCAUUUCCGACGGAAGAUCGACGAGAACCCCAUGGACGCCAAUGCACACCAUCACUUGGCAGUGUUGGCGAGAGCUGGAGGUGAUGCGGAGACCCAUGCGAGACAUUCGCGCAUUGCAUGGCUCACUCGACAGGAAAACCCCGAGAUCAUGAACGAGUUAGCACUUGCUCGAAUGCAAGAAGGGAAACACGAAGAAACCGAGGCGCUACUGCGUCAAACGAUAGAGCGUUGGCCUACGUUUCCCCACGCGUAUUGUAAUUUGGCUGCAUUGCUGGCCAAACGGGGUAAGUACACCGAGGCAUUGACUCAUAGUUUGACGGCGCUACAGUUGUCUCCACACGACCCAAGUCUUCACCGGAACAUUGCCAGGGUGUACGAACAGCUAGGCCGGACGUCCGAAGCGCUGACACAUUUCCAGCACGCAUUAAGCUUAGCACCGGACGACGCUGGAGUAGCUAAACGGAUAUCAAUGCUUUCUCUCGGCCGAGGACGAACGGAAGUCGCUACCGAACACUAUAGUCGGUAUCGAGACCUCACAGGACAGCACUACGACCUCAAACUCUGAGAUGUUUGACAACAGACCUUGAGUCGGGUUCUCUGCUACUUGCAGUGCAAGGGAUCUUUGCUCCGUUGCGUUCAGAAAUCAACUCAGUUCGCUGACCAGAAUUUACACUAUCUUUCGUCUUCUCUAAAAAAAAAAAAACUGGAUUCCUCUGUAUGGAA